UGCUUUAAUUAAAGAAUUUAAUAUUUUUAUCCGUUCGUUUAUCGAUUAAUUUAUUGUGUCAAGUUAACCAUAACUAUUUACUAAAGAAAGAUAACUGUGAUUCAAAGCUAUAUUUUUCUUAGGCUACAAGAUUUUAACAAGAUUGAAACAAGUUAUUAAAGUGAGGUAAAGAUUUUACCUUUUCUUGCUUCCAUGUUUGUAUUUUCCUGUUUGGCAAUGUUUUUAGGAACCGUCAGCCUGAAUUGUUGGAAAUUUUGUCGUCAACCCAUUGGUUUCUAAUUAAUUUGCUAAUCAAUGACUUGCCGUUCGACAAGUUUACCGUUAAUCUCAUCUUAAAAACUUGACUCUUGUUAUUUUUACCUUGUGUUUCUCCAAUCAUCUUGAUCUUCUGUUUUCAUCAUGCUUUCUCUUUGUGUUUUUUUUCUCUCACUCUCUCAAUUUAAUCAGUUGCCAUUGUGAUAUAAGUGCCAAUUAAGAUAUAACUGAUUUUUUUACCCAUGUGUGAUUACAGUAUCUGUUGGUGAUGAUUGUGCUGAUGUCAACAUUAUUAUAAAGAAUGAGAAAAAUUGGAUCGAUAGACUUUCGCUGGUAGACACACGGUGACAUUAAACGUAUAUCGAUAAGCUGGACGAUUGACAACUUUAAGGAAACUUGGACCAAAUUUCAAGAUUGUGCACCUUUUCAGACGACAUCGACCACUCCAGCUGAUAACGAGACAAAAGAUUUGUUUUCGUGUGUUGAGCUUCUUGAAAGUGAUUUUCAAUUAAGGUUAAAAUAUAAGCUGAGUAAACAAUAAUGGACAGUAAUAAAGAUGAAUAGUACUCAAUACCUGUUUUAAACAAGUUGAUCGUCCUGAAAGAAUUACAAGACAACAGGAAAUAAUUGGUCUCAAGUGUUGAAAGAAAAUUGAAGUCAACAAGAAACGAGAGGAAAACGAAGAACCAUUCAAAGGGGUUUGGUCGGCAAAUUAACUUACUUGUUAUUGUGACCCAGUUCAUCUUGACAAGAUUUACAUUUCAUCGUAUUCAAAGAUAAUGUUGACAUUGUUGCAUCUUAAAUCUUUAUACAAACUACGGUUCCACUGAUGGCAAACAUUUGAACACACACAAGGAGCAGUAGCAAUAAAACAAAAUAUCAAACAUUUUUUUGACAGACAAUCAAUUUGUAAGCCCCAAAAGAAAGUCAAAAGUAUAAAAGAACUAAAAAUCCCAGAUUGGACACUUUGAUUGAUUGGAAGGACAGUACAAAAGUCAUGAAUUUGUUGGAUAAAAAUUGAAUUUUUUUGUGGUUUCAAAAUUUGAUUCCACCAACAAUUUGUCACUCUGUGUCACACAGUCAAAACAAUUGAACCAAAAAAUCAACAUUGCUUUUCAACUUUCCUCUAUUUGGUUUCUCUUGGAUUCAUAUCAUCAUCUUCAUCUUUUAGGUGUUGUUGUUUCAUGUCUUAUCACUUUCAACCUUGCACAAAGUUUCAUCGACUUGCAACAAUUGAACAAUCAUUCGUUUUACCAUUACAAAUCUUAUUUUUUUUUGGACGAUUGCAUGACCAGCUCUAAACAAUCAUCAAUCAACAGCUACAUCUAUUUUGGUGGUUCUCCUCCUUGCCGUCUUCCCCCUUCAAACAUAACCACAAUCAUUUAAAUAGAUUGUUUCUGGGAUAACUUUUCAAUACAAAGUAUCAACAUUUUGGCCAUCUUUGUAAAUCCAGUUUACAUGUAAAACCAUUCACAUGAAUAUGAUCAAAGUCUCAUUUACCAUCAAUCAUCAUUAUUAACAUCAUCACCAGAAUUACCAUUAUCGUUGGAAAACAUUGGCCAAUCCCGGAAUCAAUUGAUAAUCAUUUCCUUUUCAUUUUACUCAAACAUGGUCAAUCUAUCAGCUUGAAACAAGUGCCACCAGCUUGAGUUUCAUAAGUUAAAACCUUAAACCUUACCUUCAAAGCAGGUUGAAGGUUAUAAGCUAUUAUGUUAUUGUUUGGAUGAAAGACUCUGAACUGGAUAAAAAAACUUAAGACUUGGAAGCAGUUGAAAGGAUCCUUAAUUUAAAAGGACGAAGGAGUUACAAAGAUAGUAGCUAGAGAAAAGUAGAGAGAGAGUGAGUCUAUAGGUUGAUAGUGAGAUAUUGCUCACACUAUUCAGGAGAGGAGUGAGUAAGUUAGUGAGUUUCAAGAAUGAAUACGCGAGUGUGAAAAGAGUGUCGUGCGUGAGGCAGAAGAUGUUGUGAGAGAGAGUGAGAGAAAUGUUUCUAUCAUGUUUACUGUAUUAGAAGAAAUUAUGCUGAGUUCGAGUGUCUUUUUUCCAACAUUCAAUAGUAUUCACAGCCAUGGUAAAAGCAAUGGAAAUUUGGAUAAAAGCAAGUCAACAAUUAGCAAAAGUUUCAAGUUGACUGGAAAAACCAAAGCAAAUGAAAAUGCCACAGUGAAUCGUUUUUUCUGUGAUCCCAGACAAUUGGAUUUCAAGCGACGUAAAACAAGUGACCCUCAACAUGAACACCAACAUCAUUAUUACUCUCAUCAUCGUGAUUACUCUCAUUCUCGCCAUCAUUUACAUCUAUUUGACAGUUGGACAAUUUUUCUAGUUUACUUUCUAUUUAUUAAUCUAAUUAGAUUUUCAAAUUGUGAUGGAUCCAUUUACACGGAUCAAUUUGUCGCCCAUAUUGAUGGUUCACCCGAGAUGGCUGAAUCCAUUGCGGAGAAACAUGGUUUCACGUAUCUUGAUCACAUUAUUGAUAAUGCUUACCAUUUUCAACAUAAACGCCUUGUUAAACGUUCAAUUGGACCAUCAACCAAUACUUCGCUUGUUGACACUAUCAUUUCUGAACCACUUGUUACCUCUGUUAAACAAUUGAAACUUAAUUCGCGAACUAAACGUGAUCUUUUACGCCUUCAUUCCUAUGAGAGACCACUUGGUGGAGGAGGUCGAACAAGAAGUCGACUCAAUUUUUUCGAUGACCCUAAAUGGACUCAAAUGUGGUACUUGAAUAGAGGCCAAGGAUUAGAUAUGAAUGUGCAAAAAGUAUGGGCCAUGAACAUUACCGGUCGUGGAGUAGUGGUAACCAUUUUAGACGAUGGACUGGAAAAUGAUCAUCCAGAUUUAGUUGCCAAUUACGAUCCAGCAGCCAGUUAUGAUGUUAACAAUUCAGAUAACGAUCCUUCUCCUCGGUACGACAUUAUUGACUCCAAUCGCCAUGGAACCCGAUGUGCUGGGGAAGUUGCUGCCAUGGCAAACAACAGUAACUGUGCUGUUGGUGUUGCCUUUAACGCUCGAGUUGGAGGACUGAGAAUGUUGGAUGGAGAUGUUACCGAUGCCGUAGAAGCUCGUUCCCUCUCAUUUAACCGUGAUCACAUAGACAUUUAUAGUGCCUCUUGGGGACCCGAUGAUGAUGGUAAAACUGUUGAUGGUCCAGGAGAGUUGGCUACUAAAGCCUUUAUUGAUGGUGUACAGAAGGGUCGACGAGGAUUGGGAUCAAUCUUUAUCUGGGCUUCGGGUAAUGGUGGUCGUGAACAUGACAAUUGUAACUGUGAUGGUUAUACCAAUUCAAUUUGGACUCUGUCCAUUUCAAGUGCCACUGAAAAUGGUCUGGUUCCUUGGUACAGUGAAGCCUGUUCAUCAACUCUAGCCACAACCUAUUCAAGUGGAUCCAACGGUGAACGGCAAAUUGUCACAACAGACUUACAUCACAGUUGUACCACAACUCACACUGGAACCUCAGCUUCGGCCCCUCUUGCUGCCGGUAUUUCAGCUUUAGCUCUUGAAGCCAAUCCACUAUUGACAUGGCGAGACAUGCAACAUAUCGUCGUGUUAACCUCACGUCCAGCCAAUUUACAUGCUAAAGAUUGGAAAACCAACGGAGUAGGACGAAAUGUUAGCCAUUCUUUUGGAUAUGGUCUGAUGGAUGCUGAAGCAAUGGUCAAAGUGGCCAAGGAAUGGGUGACCGUUCCAGAACAGAAAAUAUGUUCCGUCCGUUCUCCUCCAGUAGACAAAUUGAUUCCAUCCAAGAGCCAUGUUGAAUUAUAUCUUCAAGUAUCAUGUGAUGGAGAGGUUAAUUUUCUUGAACAUGUUCAAGCAAAGGUUACUUUAACAGCAACCAGACGAGGUGAUAUUCAUAUUUACCUGACCUCACCUUCAGGUACUAAAUCCAAUUUACUUGCUCAACGUCCAAUGGACAAUUCGCGUUCUGGCUUUCAAAAUUGGCCCUUCAUGAGUGUCCACACUUGGGGUGAAAACCCAAAUGGCCUUUGGAAACUUGAAGUUCACAAUGAAGGUCGAUAUAUUUAUAGUCGAGCUUAUCUUAAGGAGUGGACAUUGAUCAUGUAUGGUACAACAGAGAAUCCAGAUCGGCGAACAAUUAAAUCAUCUUCAUCUCCAUCAUCUGAGACUGCCUCACCAGAAUCAACUAAACCCUAUUACAAUGAUAAGUUGGGUAAUGAUUUGGAAAAAUCGUACGAUGAUACAAACAGUAAUCCAAGUAGAACGAUGAACAGUGAUAUUAAUGGAAACAGUUCAACUCGUAAACCUUAUCCACAAUCUGGAUGGUUCAGUGGAAGGUAUCCAAUUAAACAAUCAGGAUCACUGGGAAAUGAUAAAGGAUUGAAGAAGAUAAAAGUACAGCCAAUGGAUAACAAUGAUAUCAACCUAUUGUCACCAAUCAAUCAGAAUACUCAACACAAUUCUGUUCUCGGUGUAAUUCAUGGAACCAGAGAAGACAAAUCAUCUGAUGAAAGUGAAUCUUUCAUCCUUGGGAAAUCAUUGAACCGAGGCUGUAUACUUCAAGAUUUGAGCUCUCAGUGCCUAGAAUGUAGUGAUAACAUGGUCUUGAUUAAUGGCAUUUGUAUUGACAAUUGUCCUGAAGGAUACCAUCGACCAAAGCUUUUAAUCAAAAUUGGUUCGGAAACAGUGAGAUGUUCACGAUGUCAUUACUCUUGUAAAACGUGUGAUGGACCAAGUGAUUCCAAUUGUACCUCUUGUUUCCCUGAUGCAAAGCUUAAUUAUAAAGGCUAUUGUCAUCCUUCAACAUUGGUUAAUCAGUUGAUUACGUUGGAGCGAUGGUACUCAACUAUUACUGUUAUUUUCGUUAUCCUUUGUUUUGUUAUUUUAAUUUUAAUUGUUUACAUUAUCUUUGGGCGAACUAAUGAUCUUAUUUGUUGUAUUGUUGAAUCAAAGCGAGCUCAUCAUAAUUCUCAUAGGAAACAUCACUCAUCGCAUCAUCACUCAUCUCUUCAUCAUCAUUCUCAUCGGUAUUCCUCUGCAAUUUUUCCUUAUGUUGAUGUACCAACUCACUGUGGUGCCAAUGAUAAUAGACAACGAUCCGCAUCCCAACGGAUUUCCAGCCAUGAAGCAAGAGAAAUACUUCAUUUAUCGAAAAAAAUUUUGUCCGAUCAAACUAGUGAAGAUGAUUUGUAAUUUAUCUCUUCAACCAUUUACAAGUGCUCUGUAUUUUUAUAAUGUAAUUCAUACAUUUGACAGUCUGAUCGCGGUUUUUAUCAAAAUUUAACAAAUCAUUAUUUCAUUGAAAUUAUUAACUACAGCUGAUGUCAUAAAAUUGCAAAUAAAUUACAUCGAUUCAAAAGUCUACAAAUAAAAUGACAAAACAAACAAUUUUUCGUAAAUUCACUUUAU